GCAACAACAAAAAUACAUUGUCCGGUGCAUUUGACGGCGAGCAGUCGGCGCGAGAGCAUCCUGUGCAAGUGUGCAGUUCGGGUCGUUGACGUACGGAGGAAAGGCAAAAGAGAGAGAGAGAGAGAGAAAGGAGGCGGGUCAGUCCGAGACGAGAACGAAAAGAGGCAGCCGCAGCGUUCACCGCUUCCGCAGCGAAAAAAGGCGUUUCAUUCCUACACAUCUCUUUCGCGGGCGUCCGACGUCGCGUGUCGUAUUUAUUCAGUGAUCCUCGGUACAUACAGUGAGAGUGACGAAAAUGGUGUCCGGCGGCAUGGCUUGCGUCAAGUACCUGCUGUUCUUCUUCAACAUGAUAUUCGCGAUCACCGGCAUCGUAUUUAUUUCGGUGGGCGGCGUGAUUCUGGUUGUUUACAGCGGGUACAGCAACUUUGUGGAUAGUUGGUUCUUCGCAGCCCCACUCUUAAUGAUAGUAGUCGGUAUCAUAGUCUUCCUCGUAUCAUUCUUUGGAUGUUGCGGCGCUGUAAAGGAGAAUCAUUGCAUGAUAAUAACGUUCUCGGUCCUGCUACUGCUGAUAUUUGCUCUGGAAUUGGGCGCUGGCAUCACAGGUUACAUGAUGAGAGGAGAAGUUGCUAAUAUGUUGGAAAACCGUUUGAACGGUACUUUGCGACAAUAUGAGCUUAAUCCAGAUAUUCGUCGUUCAUGGGACAUCAUGCAGCACGAUUUACAAUGCUGCGGUAUGAAUGGCCCUGCAGACUGGCCCCGUCUGUCCCCCAGUUUCCAGCAUAAUAACGCUCCCGAUUCCUGCUGCAAAGAGAUUCCUACUCAAAAUCGAUGCGAUGUCAAUUCGAUUCAUGUGUACGGUGAUGGCUGCAUGAUGAAACUGCAAUCCGCUAUAGAAAAUAACGCUAUGAUCCUGGGAGGAGUGGGCAUAGGGGUAGCCCUCAUACAGUUGAUUGGAGUAGUCUUUGCGUGCUGUCUGGCUCGCUCAAUUCGCCGCGAGUAUGAGACUGUCGAAACCACAGCACACUGAUCUGCCAUCAAUUAGGAGGCAUUUUUUCAUAAUAUUGUUCAUCAUACAUUGAUUAAUAAAUACUUGUAGAUUCAUUACAACCGUAAUCAUUCUUAUUGUGCUUACAAGUAUAUACUCAAAGAGGAAUGAUGUCACAAGUAUUUAGUGUACAGCGAUACCUUAAGUUAGUCAUGUUUCGGUAUGUAUAUCUAUGUAAUGCAUGUGAAAUUGCCGACUUUUGAGAGAAUGCAAAUUGGCGUUUCUCUUUGCUCAUUUUUUCUUAUAAAUUGAAAAAAAAAACGAAAUAAGCAAUAUGCAUUGAUUAUUGACAUAUCUUAUUAAAUUUUAAUUAUUAACAUAUCCCGUUAAAUUUUAACAUCAAAUUACUGCCAAUAUCUGCCAAAAAUAUAUGUCACAUGCAAUAUGAAGGCAAAAGAAAAGGAAACGGAACAACUAGUCGAAAAAAUGUAUACGAACCCGUUUACAGAGAUUACCAAUGGAACGUUAAUCAAUUUUGGCACAUGUACGACGAGGUGCCUGUUAAAUUAUGUGCCAUGAUGUAAUGUCUGAUCCAUUUUUUCAUGUGAUACGUUUGUACGAAGUUUGGUAAUCUUUUGCGAAUUAUAUACAAUUUUCUGUACCAUUAUAGGAAAUAGCAUUGAACGUAGCCAUCAUUCCUCUUAAUUUUUUGCCAGGUUUAAACGAAAAGUAAAAGAACAAGCUAUUUCUGCAUAAUCUUCCUCAGAGUGCAGAAUGAACAAAUUGUGUAACGCGGUUAAUUGCAAACAAACUUGUGUUCUCUUAUAAUUUAAUAUUACCAUAAAAUAGUAUAUAUAUUAUAUUUGAGUACAUGCAGUCUUGGCAUCUAUUUUUAAUGCCUCCUCAUCUUUUUCUCUCUCGACAAAAUAGUCUCUAAUACUUAUAAUAUAUACGAUGUUGUAGUAAUCUUAUAUUAAAUUUAUAAUGAUUUUCUGUGUUCUACGAAGACAAAAAAAAAAGAAAAGGCAGUGUACUCUUAUUCGUAAUCGACGGUGCCCCGUGAAAUAUAUAUACGUAUGCGUGUAUAUAUAGUGUCAUUAUGUAAUAUCAGAUGUACACAAAAAUUCUGUACAUUAUGUACCAAUGAUUGUAACAAAAUUAGCGCAUCUUAACAUCUAGCUCAAUUUAAAUGGAGUAUCAAAUGGAAGCUAGCUCUAUCCUGUCAAUAAUUUAGCUUGUAAUGUCAGUGAACUCUGAUAUUGAUUCUCUUGCGCUUCAUUGUAUUAUAUGCUAUUGACAGUCUAUUGCUACACAAACAUUUGUGCAUGUUUAGUGCUAAGUUCAUUCAUAUUUGGGACCAAAGCAAAAAAGAUUAACAUUAUUUUUACUGAGUAACAAGUUAUUUCUGAAAAGAAAUAAACAGUUCAGAACAAUUAUGUGAUAUAUUAAAACCUGUGAAAAGACUUUUGACUUUUUUGAACUUUAUUCCUAGAAUUCCAUUCUGUCCAGUAUUGAAAGAGCUUUCAAUGAUAUUGGAAAAGGAAUUAAAUGAGAAUGAAUUAUGAUAAUGUAUAAAACUACUUAUAUUCAUUUGCUUCCAUUUAAAGGAGAGAAACAUUUUUUAAAAUAAAACUUGAAAUUGAUGUCAAUUGGAUUGGAUUGGAUGCCAUUAAAUAACAUUAUGUGUGUUUAAGUACAUAAUUGAAAUGUACAGUACUCUUUUUAGAUUUAUACGUAAGAGAUGAAAGGAAAAAAAAUUUAGAAAUUUCACUGCGUCUUGUCGAUUUCACGAAUUCAAGUACCACGAUUCAAAUUAAAUUAUGUAAGUUUCUGUAGUCUUGUGUAUACAAAUGCAUGAAAAUUUAUAACAUUCCUUUAGACAUAUAUACCGAACGUUAUUAGAACGUAUAUGUCUGAAAAAAUGGAGAAACGUAUUUAUUGCAAAUAAUUUAUAUAUGUAAGAACAAAGAGUAUUGAUAUAUUUACUAUUUUACAAUAAUGUUGAGAUAAUUUAAAUUUACCAUCGGCACACACAUACACACAGACACACACACACACACACACACACGCACAUACACAGUGGCAAAUGCACAAGAUCUCAGAAAUAAACAUGAACGUCCGUACGUAGGAUAACCAUAAUUGCAGAAACAUAGAAAUAAUAGCUAUGAGAUAUUAAAGUGUGCCUAACAUAGUAACGUUUAUGUUAUAAGUUAAUAGAGAUUAGAAAGCAUUUUAAUGAUAUUAAUCUAAUCGACCAUGCGCAAUGUAGCUUCGAAACUAGCACUUGUCCAAAAACGUUUGCUCCUUUUGAUUAUAUAAAAUCAUCUGUGUUUGUCAGAGAUUUUAAUUGAAAAUUUUAGACUCUGUAUACAUGUAUUAGUUGUACCAGACAACGCAAAAGACUGACGAAGAUUAUUGUAAUCAGUAUUAACUAACAUUGGUAUUUUACAUACAAUAUAUACAUAUUAUAUAUAUUACACAGACACACACGCAUACACACAUGCAUGCACACAAAAUAUACACAUAUACAAAUGAUUUUAUACUAAAUUCUAUUUUGGCUGUUUUUUUUUUAUUAUAAACGGAAAUUAUUAGUCAGUAAAGUAAUACAAAUGUAAUUUUGUUAUUACAAUAUAACUAUAAUUUACGGCAUUUUAGGAGCCAACAUGUCCUUAGCACAUAUUCAUCUAGCUUUUAUGUAUACUAAUAAAUUUAAUGACACUAAA